AUGUCUACUCGUGAUCUCCCAUCUUCAGUGCCAGACCUCUUCAUAGGUUGGACCAAACACAUUCCUGGUGAAAUCACCAUUGGUAAGUCACCAACCCAGUUGGAAGAAAAGACUCGUGCAGAUCACCCAAAUCGUCUUGAUACCGAAGAAAUCGUCACUAAAACCAAGGUGGGUAAGUUAUGGCCUGCCUUCACUUCCGGUGCUGGUUUAUUCUCCGAUGGUUACGUCAACUCCUCCAUGGGUACUGCUUUAGCUAUCAUAAAGCAAAAAUACCCAGAACAAGCUGCUAAGUCUAAUGCCAUCUCCAACAUUGCCUCCAUUGCCUUUGCUGGUACUGUCGUUGGUAUGUUGUUUUUCGGUUGGGUAUCUGAUCGUAUUUCCAGAAAGAACGGUAUGCUUUUCGUUAACAUUAUGUUGAUCGCCUUUACUUUGUUGACUGCUGUUGGUACUUGGGGUGCAAAUGGUAGCGUCCAAGGGUUAUUCACUUCAUUGACCGUCUUCAGGUUCUUCUUGGGGAUUUUCAUUGGUGCCGAAUACCCAACUUCCUCGGUCAUUUCUGCAGAAUUUGCUAACCAGUUACCUGCUGGUCACAGAAACAGAUACUUUUGUUGGUUCACCAACGGUAUGAUUGAUAUGGGGUUCAUUGUCUCUGCUUUCGUACCAUUGGUCUUAUUGUGGAUCUUUUCCGAAAGGCAUUUAUCUGUUAUCUGGAGAUUAACCUUAGGUCUUGGUGCCAUUCCUCCUUUUAUCUUGUUCUUUUUAAGAUUGAAAAUUACUGAAGGUGAUGCUUUCGAAAAGUUAAACUUCAACAGAAAGGGUGUAAGAGUACCAUACUGGCUUAUUGUUAAGUUUUACUGGUUCAGAUUACUUAUCGUCUCUUUAAUUUGGUUUAUUUAUGAUUUCUCAGCUUACUCAUUCGGUAUCUAUUCAUCCACCAUUAUCUCAGGAAUCAUCCCAGAUGGUGAUAUCUACAAAACUUAUGGUUGGACCACAGUUUUAUACUUGUUCUACAUUCCAGGUUUCUUCUUGGGUGCUUUAUCCGCUGAUUACAUUGGACCUCGUUUGACUUUGGCCUUAGGUACUGGUUUGCAAGGAAUUGUCGGUUUCAUUAUGGCUGCCUUGUACGAGCACUUAUCUAAGCAUGUCGGUGCCUUCAUUGCUGUUUAUGGUAUCUUCACCGCUUUGGGUGAAUAUGGUCCUGGUGAUAAUAUUGGUUUAUUGGCUUCUAAGACUUCAGCUACUCCAAUUCGUGGCCAAUAUUACGGAAUUGCAGCUGCUAUUGGUAAGAUCGGUGCCUUCGUUGGUACUUACAUUUUCCCUAUCAUUAUUAAGAAUGCCGGUGGUGAUGAAACUGUUAGGGGUAACCAAAUGCCGUUCUACGUUUCCUCUGCAUUGUGUAUUUUCUCUGCUCUUUUGGCCAUUUUCUUCUGUCCUUCGGUUGGACAAGAUGCCAUUAACAAGGAAGAUGAAGAUUUCAUCAACUACUUGAAUGACAACGGCUUUGACAUUAACUUAUUGGGUAAUGGUACUAUUCUCGAAGAAACUUUAGCCACUGAAUCUUCAUUCGAAGAAGCAGCACAAAAGUCCAGUGGAGUGAUUGUUGAAACCAAAGACAAAUCAAUUUGA